AUGGAUGAGCUAUUACAGCUCGUCAAGAGCUUGACUGACAGCCUUGAUGCCGUCAUCAAGGCUCAAACCCAGCAGGCGAAGACGAUUUCUGAGCUGGCCAAGCUGUGCGACGCAAAGGAAGUCUCAAAGGCAACUGCCACCCGAGUGAAGGAUCUUGCAGAAAAUCAAGAGGUGAUGGCAAAGGUGAUGAAUCUACACAUCAAUGCCAUGAAACAACAGGCCGCGAUGGUGCUUUCGAAACAAUUGGUCGUGGCGAUGCCCUCGGAACUGCAGGAGCAGACAUCGCCUCCACUCACAGGUUUCCCACAGUUCGGCCGACUCCCUGUUGAGAUUCGGAAUAUCAUUUGGAAAAUGGCACUGCCGGGUCGUCGCGUUAUCGAGAAGAUCGAAGGCGAGCUUCCCAGACGAUUCAGAUCUCCAGUGAUCCGAGCUGUUUGCAAAGAAGCCUGGGAGGUUACCAAUGAGAAUGGGUCAUUCGUCUUUGGCCUAGAGCUCAAUCCGGCUGGGGGAACCUGGUUCAAUCCCAAAAAGGACGUCCUCAUCCUUGACAAUCCCGCAGGCUAUCCGCUGGGGUCUUUUGAGGACUGUCGUCCUGACAUCAUCGCCAUCGACCUCAGAUACUUUGAGAAACCCACAGAUUUCAUAAGGGUCUUAACCUGUGCGCUAGACGCUCAUUGCCGAGAAGUCAUCGUCCUCUUUCGGUCUACACCCAAUCUGAAGUACAAGAAAGGAACAGCGCCAAAGCUGUUUAGCCUUGAUCCCAACGAAGCGAUCUGGUCAGCCUACGCGCCUGAUAGGCCAGACGACCUCGAUUUGGAUUUCGACAUUACGUGGAAAGAGUUCAAGAGUACGAUGCAAUACCAUUGGGAUGAUGAGAUCCGCCAAUCCAAGUAG